GACAGCGUUCCGGACGCUCGCUUUGUGAACCUUUCAAUUUAUCACGAUCGAACUUCUUCGGAACAUAAAUGAGUACCGACCGGAAAGCAGCUUCAAAUAUUUCCGAUUCGAAAAUGUGAAGUGCUCCAUCGUGAGGCGACCCGAUAGAGCAACUAUUAUAUUAGUGCCCUGGAUUAUGCUGUGGAUUAAAGGAUUUAACGCUGAUUUAUACGCACUUUAGUUGAAUUGGAAUUGAGAACUAGUAGGAGAAUGCUGGACUCCACGUGAUUUAUAAGAAGAACAUUUUAGUUCUAAGUGGAAAGUAAGAUCCGUAUAUUUGAACUAUCAUCAAGAUGGCGAUUAUAAGCGGUCAAAGAUGCGUGCGAACGGGAGUCGUGGUGCUGGUUGCGGUCAGCGGCGCAUCUGCAAGAGUCGCUGGCAAGAUGGGCGGAUACUCAAAUAAAAUGGGAGGUAAAUCAACGAGCGGUAUCAAUGAGGAGAUCAUAUGGAUAAGUAUAAGCAUGGCGAUCGCCAUCGCUGUUUUAAUAGCGAUCGCACUCUGCUAUAUUCUGAAAGAGAAAUGCAGCAAAAGGCAGGCGUACAGAGAACAAUCAUGACGAUACAAGGAGGAGUUUGCAAAGCACGCGCUUGCAGACUCCCUCGCCGACGUCGAGUUUCCAGCCUAUACUCUCUACCCGCAGUACUCACCGGAUGGAACGGAAUAUUUCUAUAAUUUCCACCGAUUCUCAUAUUUGAGAGACAGUUUUAAAUUACCACCUAAGGAUUACCCGUCAUACGGUAAAGAAGAAAUAUACAUAAACGCGUGAUUUUGAUAUUAUAUGAGUCAGUUGUAACUCAAAAGAAAUUGUCUUGAUUAAUAAAAAAAUGUGUAUUCAAUGCCAAACGUAACUUG